AUGGCCGUGCGUGGCCGGCGCACCAAGGUGCUCCCCUCUGAACUGAACAAGGUGUGCCCCGAGAGAGGAGACGACCCCGCCACGCACCCCAGGAAGAUGAGCGACUUCGAGGUGGUCCCCAACCUCCAGCAGAGCAGCAGCAGUGUCUCGAAGAGCAGGCGGAAGGCACAUUUCCCCACCGGCAGCAAUGAAAAGGAAAAUCUCAUCUCGUGGAUUCCUGAAAACAUCCGGAAGAAAGAGUGCACCUACUUUGUUGAAAGUUCCCAGACAUCAGAUUCUGGGAGGAUUGUGUGCGAGUGUGGCUAUCUCAGGGAACAGCACCUGGAAGAUGCUGCCAAACCUCCCAUCUUCCUGGGGAAGGAAUGGGACCCCAGCAAGCACAUCCAGGAAAUGCCAACAGAUGCCUUCGGUGAUAUCCACUUCACCGGCCUGGGACAGAAGAUGGGGAAGUAUGUGCGCGUCUCCUCGGAUACCCCUCCACGGGUCAUCUACCACCUCAUGACACAGCACUGGGGCCUCGAUGCUCCCAACCUGCUCAUCUCAGUCACCGGGGGAGCCAAAAACUUCAUCAUGAAGCCAAGGCUGAAGAACAUCUUCCGGCAAGGACUAGUCAAAGUGGCCCAGACCACUGGGGCCUGGAUCAUCACAGGGGGGUCCCACGCUGGUGUGAUGAAACAGGUGGGAGAGGCAGUGCGAGACUUCAUCCUGAGCUGCGGCCACAAGGAGAGCGAGAUUGUCACCAUCGGCAUAGCCACCUGGGGGACCGUGUACAACCGGGAGAGCCUCGUCUGCCCCAUGGGUGGCUUUCCAGCUGAGUACGUGCUGGAUGAGGAGAACCAAGGCAGCCUGUCAUGCCUGGACAGCAACCACUCCCACUUCAUCCUGGUGGACGAUGGGACCCACGGGAGGUACGGGGUGGAGAUCCCCCUGAGGACCAGACUGGAGAAGUUCAUUUCGGAGCAGACCAAGGUGAAAGGAGGCGUCGCCAUCAAGAUCCCCAUCGUGUGCGUGGUGUUGGAGGGAGGCCCCGGGACACUCGACACCAUCUACAACGCCAUCACCAACGGGACCCCCUGUGUGAUUGUGGAAGGGUCUGGGCGUGUGGCCGAUGUCAUCGCCCAGGUGGCCAGUUUGCCUGUGCCCAAGAUAACUAUUGCCUUGAUCCAGAAGAAGCUGAGCAUGUUCUUCCACGACACCUAUGAGCUCUUCACUGAGGGCAAGCUGGUGGAGUGGACCAAGAAGAUCCAAGACAUAGUGCGGAGCCGGCAGCUCCUGACCAUUUUCAGGGAGGGCAAAUAUGGCCAGCAGGACGUGGAUGUGGCCAUCCUCCAGGCCCUGUUCAAAGCAUCCCGAAACCAGGACCACUUUGGUCGUGAGAACUGGGACUACCAGCUGAAGCUAGCUGUGGCCUGGAACAGGGUGGACAUUGCUAGGAGUGAGAUCUUCACGGACGACCACGAGUGGAAGCCCACAGAUCUCCACCCCGUGAUGGCAGCCGCCCUGAUCUCCAACAAGCCGGAGUUUGUGAAGCUCUUCCUGGAGCAGGGAGUGCGUCUCAAGGAGUUUGUCACCUGGGACACCCUGGUUUACCUCUACGACAAUAUGGCACCAUCCUGCCUGUUCCACAGCAAGCUGCAGAAAGUCCUGUUGGAGGAGAGAGAGCACACAGCUGGCUCCAAAACGCCAAGAAUCCAACUGCACCACGUCUCCCAGGUGCUGCGGGAGCUCCUGGGCUGCUCCACACAGCCUCUCUACCCCAAGCCCAAGCACACAGAGCGGCCCCGGCUCUCCAUCCCCGUCCCGCACAUCAAGCUGAAUGUUCAGGGGUCAAGCCUCCGGUCCCUCUACAAGCGCUCUGCCGGCCGAGUCGCCUUCACCAUGGACCCGGUCCGCGACCUGCUUAUCUGGGCUGUGGUCCAGAACCGCAAGGAGCUGGCAGAAAUCAUCUGGGCCCAGAGCCAGGACUGCAUGGCGGCCGCGCUGGCCUGCAGCAAAAUCCUGAAGGAGCUCGCCAAGGAGGAGGAAGACACCGACACCACCGAUGACAUGCUGGCGCUGGCCGAGCAGUACGAGCACAAGGCCAUCGGCGUGUUCACAGACUGCUACCGCAAGGACGAAGAGAGAGCCCAGAAGCUCCUCACCCGUGUCUCUGAGGCGUGGGGGAAGACGACCUGUCUGCAGUUGGCGCUGGAGGCCAAGAACAUGAAUUUUGUGUCCCACGGGGGUGUCCAGGCCUUUCUAACCAAAGUCUGGUGGGGGAAGAUGUGCGUGGACAAUGGGCUUUGGCGGGUGAUCGCGUGCAUGCUGUUCUUCCCACUCCUCUACACCAGCCUCAUCACCUUCAGGGAGAAGAGGCUGCAGCCCGUGGGCUGCCUGACGCGCCUCCGAGCCUUCUUCACGGCGCCUGUCGUCAUCUUCCACAUGAACAUCCUCUCCUACUUCACCUUCCUUCUGCUCUUCGCCUACGUCCUGAUGGUUGACUUCCAGCCACUGCCGUCCUGGCGGGAGUACCUCAUCUACUUCUGGCUCUUCUCCCUGGUGUGCGAGGAGACCCGCCAGCUGCUGUAUGAUCCAGAUGGGUUUGGGAUUGUGAAAAUGGCUUCCCUGUACAUCAAGGACUUCUGGAAUAAGUUGGAUAUCUGCGCCAUCCUAGUCUUUAUCACAGGGCUGACUUGCAGGCUGAUCCCAUCAACUUUAUAUCCCGGGCGCAUCAUACUGUCGCUGGCUUUUACCAUUUUCUGCCUGCGUCUGAUGCACAUUUUCACAGUCAGUAAAACGCUGGGGCCCAAGAUCAUCAUUGUGAAGCGCAUGAUGAAGGAUGUCUUCUUCUUCCUCUUCCUGCUAGCAGUGUGGGUGGUGUCCUUCGGGGUUGCCAAGCAGGCCAUCCUGAUCCACAACGAGGAACGCGUGGAGUGGCUUUUCCGUGGCGUGGUCUACCACUCCUACCUGACCAUCUUUGGGCAGAUUCCCUCAUACAUCGACGGGGUCAACUUCAACAUCGACCAGUGCAGCCCUAAUGGGACCGACCCCUACAAGCCCAAGUGCCCAGAGACGAAUGAGGACAACAAGAAACCCAUCUUCCCAGAGUGGCUGACAGUCAUCUUACUGUGCCUGUACCUGCUCUUCACCAACAUCCUCCUCCUCAACCUCCUCAUCGCCAUGUUCAACUACACCUUCCAGCAGGUCCAGGAGCACACAGACCAGAUCUGGAAGUUCCAGCGACAUGACCUGAUUGAGGAGUACCACGGCCGCCCGCCUGCGCCUCCGCCCUUCAUCCUCCUCAACCACCUGCAGAUCCUGGUCCGGCGAGGCUUGCUCCGCAGGCCAGCCGCGCGCCACAAACAGCUCAAAGAGAAGCUGGAGAAGAACGAAGAAGCUGCCCUCCUCUCUUGGGAGAUGUACCUGAAGGAGAACUAUCUGCAGCACCAGCAGUGCCAGGAGAAGCAGAACACGGAGCAGAAGAUCCGAGACAUUGCACAGAGGGUUGACGCACUGGCAGAGCUGCUGGACUUGGACAGGGUGAAGAGGACAGGGCUGGUGGAGCAGAGACUGGUCUCUUUGGAAGACCAGGUGCAUCAGAGUGCCCAGGCCCUGAGGUGGAUAAUGCAGGCGCUGCAGGGCAACGGCUUCGGCUCAGGCGAGGACAUGCCGCCCGUGGGCUCCAGCAAAGCCUCGGAGAUGAAGGAGGUUGACCUGGAUGGGAAACCCAAGGAGAGCCAGCCCCUGUACCAUGUGCUUGCCCGAAACCUCCUGUACCCAGGGUCUCACACCCUCCGCUUCCCUGUGCCGGAUGAGAAGGUGCCCUGGGAGGUGGACUUCCCACUCUACGACCCUCCCGCCUACUCGGCCGACCACAAGGACAUGGCUGUGCAGGACCCGUUCAGCCCCUCCUUGGAGUCUCUCCUGAAGAUCAACUACAACACCAUGGAUGGGCUGAUCGACCGGCAGAGCUUCCACGGCCUCUACGCUGUGCAGGAUGGGCUGCCGCUGAACCCCAUGGGCAGGACGGGGCUGCGAGGCCGUGGGAGGCUGCACUGCUUUGGGCCCAACCAUGCCCUGCACCCCGUUGUGACCCGCUGGAGGAGGAAUUUGGAUGGGUCCAUUAUAAGGAAGAGCCUGAAGAAGAUGCUGGAAGUCCUAGUAGCCCAGUACCCACUGUCGGACGUUUGGGCUCUGCCCGGGGGGUCACUGGAGCCGGGCGAGACGCUGCCACUGAAGCUCAAGUGGAUCCUGCGCCGGGAGUUCUGGCCCCAGUUCCAGAACUUGCUGAAACAAGGCACUGAGAUACACAAGGGGUACCUUGACGACCCCCGCAACACAGAUAACGCCUGGGUCGAGACGGUUGCCGUCAGCGUGCACUUCGACAACCAGAAUGACGUGGAGAUGAAGCGGCUGAAUUCGUUCCUCCAGGGCUGCGAUCCGGAGCUGUGCAUCCGCUGGCAGGUGCUGGACAAGAGGAUCCCCCUCCACGCCAACCACAAAGAGCUCCUGCACAAGGUCUCAACCCUCCUCGGCGCCUAUUACUGA